AUGUCAUUCGGCUUCGGCGUUGGCGACUUCAUUGCCGUGGGGGAGCUAUGCUGGAAGAUCUACACCCGAGUAUACAAGGUGUCGCGCGAUGCACCAGAGGAGCUUCGGGCUUUGAUCCAAGAACUGGGAAAUCUUUCAAACACAGUGAACUUGCUCAAUGAGGAAUUGAGAGAUCAGGAAGUGUGGAUAGAGCGGGCGGGAGAGAGACGACUCGAAUAUACCUGCAAAGUCAUGAGUCAAGCCAAAGAGACGCUUCAGAAAAUGGAUCGGCUUGCAGACAAAUAUGUGGAACUCGGCACGGGAGAUGGUUUGGAAGGUUCCAGGCGUUCAUUUCGAAUCCAUUGGAACCGAGUCAAGUACGCAUUGGAGGUGUCUAGCAUCAACGAGCUUCGUGCGAAGUUCAUGUGUCAAAAUUCCCACUUAACACUUCUUUUGCAAGGUGCUCAAAAUUCAUCUUUGGAACGCAUUGAGAAACAACAAUCAAAAACGGACAUGAAGCUGGACGAGCUUCGGAACCUCAUAAUAGGCGACCGCAGUUCGCGCGAGAAUCCUCUUCUGAACGGUCCGUUAGAGGAGGAAGUUCGAGCAGAGCUUAGCGCAGCAUUCUUGCGAAGUGCAGAGACUGGUAAUAGGCCUUGGGCCUCUAUUGGGAUAGACGACUGGCUACAAGCCGGUCAAUGGUGGUUGUUAAAGGCUCGUUCACAGAUGAAUCAUCUAGCUCAGGGGUUGGCAGUUGAAGCUGAGGCCUAUAUCAACCUUCUCAAGGCAUAUUGGAUACUGAUCGAUAUCGUCUCUAUACAUCCACAACGCAUGCAUUUAGGUGCAUCUAACGACAGACGAAAUGAAGACAUCCGAAAACUCAGUCAGCUAAAAAGAAAAAGCCUGGAAAGCUUCCCUCGUUUCGAUUUUCAACUCCACGAUAUUGAGGGCUAUACCAUGAAUAUAUGGCUUCAAGAAGCACCCUCGAGCAUAAUUGCCCCUCGCCAUCAGCCGAACUUGACUGGCAGUAAUCAUAGUUGGCAAAACUCAAACGGAGAAGUUUUGUUUCACUGCUUCGUCGAGAUUUGUAACACGACCAAGAGCACCAAAAACCUCCCUAACGGAUGUUUUCUUACGUUAGAGGUACCUCAUGAAGGCAUUUUUCUCAAUUUCACUCUCCAAAACUUCGCUGGCCAAACCAUCUCUGAGCUACAGGUCAAGCCUGCUGAUGAGUAUUUUGACUUUCAAUCGCUUUAUUUCGAGCCAUGGGUAGAGUUUAAGGGUUCAGAAAAGAAAAGCCUAGUCCGACUCCUGAAUGACCAAGACUCCAAUGCCUUGGAGGCAAUUCUUUGGGGGUUCCGGCUAUUUGGUUCAGCAUUUUACCCCAUAUCAUUGAGCGUAUCGAUGGUUCAUUCUGUUUCUGUGUUAGCCAGUUGGCCGAGUCGAAAUUGGCGCUCCCUUCUGCUUCCAGGCUAUGACAUUGGCUGCACAUCCCAAUCCGAUUCGCCUACGUUACUUUUAAGGACAAUCAUUCUCGAUCUAGCGGAGAAAGGCUGCGAGGAAAACAUCUCAGGCUCGAAGUUUCUCGCUCAAGAUCUGAGCGUCGAAUUACCACCGGGUUACCGCGAUUGGAAGGUUAUCUGCUGGCACUGUGAGAAAUUCGAGGACAUCAAGCCGCUAUUCAAAAAGUUCCAUGUUCGAAAUGAUGUCCACCGCUACUUGAUUCAGACCGCAUUUCUUCGACUUAACCGUAGUCUUUUAAGCCAGUUAGCGCGUUACAUGAACUACGGAGAUACAUGGCGCCCUAAUGACGUACUCAUUAUGGUCGAGGCUACUCUAAGCUCAGAGGAUGCCGGAUAUCUUCUAUGGGUCUUAGACAAUGUUGCUUCUAGUGUGAUUUCUCGGCAUCGGAUUCCUAUCUUCCGGUUAGUCUACAACAGCAGAGGCCUCAACCACAUUGAAACCAUGCUACAAAGAUUCAAUCCCCGCCCAGCAGACAUCGCAGCAGCCAUCUCCUGGUAUCUAGUCUCUAAUGACGAGCAAAGCUUUGAAGGCUUCUUACAACUGAUCGAAGACUGUGGCGGCUCUUUCAGCAGUAGGACAGCUGAAGAUGUGGAUUUCACGGAUUUCUAUCCCACUUUUGUGUCCGGCUGCAGUCACUUGAUAGAGAGCAAAUGUUCUAACUCUCUGAGCCUCUAUCUCAGUUCCUUUGAGAGACUUGGCAUUGAUUUCCAUGGUGUCCAGGGCCAUGAAACCACCAAUUCCUCUCAAUUGGCUAUUCUUCCGGCACUAGUCUCUUCAGAUCCAUCAUUUCUUCACAUUCUACUGGAACGAGAUGUCGCAGUGGUAGAUAUGGAACCUUUCGUUGUGGAGUACAACUCAUGGAAUGUGGCGGAGUGUCCACCGCGGCUAGAGUUAAGGGAGUUAGUUCAAUAUCCUUCCUUAUCAAUGCCACAUUGGCCCCUCUACUACGCUGUUAUGCUUGUUUGCGAUACGGAAUUCCUUCACCUACUGUGUCAACAUGGGGCAUCGUUGCAACAAAAGCGCGAGGGUACGCAAGAUGAGAAGACUGAGACACGAGGGAUAACUCAUCACCUUUCAAGCCUAUCAAGUGUGUCAGAUGCUCGACUGGAGUACAUGGAGGCCCUCAUGAUUUGCCAUGUACUUAUUUGUGUCGGCACCCUGGGUAGGCACUUCCCUUCAAGACCUGCGAACUAUUUCAGAGCAGUCGAUGAGAUGACGGACUAUGAAGAGACUUGGAGGUGUAUGGAGCGCCUUUUGUAUCGCGAUAGCUUCUUCUCUGACUGUUUAUGUCCAUGUGGCUAUGCCUUUCAAGGUGACUAG